AUGGCAACAAAUAAUUUAAUGGAAUCAGUUCAAAAAGCUGUUUUAGCUGAAGUAACAAAACAUGAUCAUGAAUUAAAACAUGUUGAUCCGCCAGGAGAAUCAUUAUCAACAACUCAAGCUAAAGUAUUACUUGAAGUACAAGGUGGUAAACAUGAAUUACAUCAUGUUGAUCCACCGGGAGAAUCAUUAUCAACAACUCAAGCUAAAGUAUUAAUUGAAGUACAAGGCGGUAAACAUGACUUACAUCAUGUUGAAAAUCCUCCAAAAGAUGGUUUAACUGACGCUGAAAAAAAGGCUUAUUUAGAAGAAAAACAUAACAACCCAACAUAA